UCCCAAUGUCCACCUCCGCAAUCCACAUACUGUUUUGUUUCUCAGGAGCCGAGUUGUUCAGCCUCAGACCAUCAGUCCACUUUUGCACUUGUCACCGCUGCGAUGCCCAGAAAGCCAACACGGCGCCGCGCACCAGGGCCUCCCAGAUUUCGCUGGACCAAGGGCGACAGAAUCAAGUUUGUCGCGUGCCUGGACUUCUCCCUGCAGCAUCAGGUUGAUUUGAACACGACAGCGAUCUGCCACCUCAAGAAGCGCACAGGCCACGAGGUAACAGCCAAGCAAGUCGAGCGGGUGCUGAGGCGGGAGUACGAAACGUAUGGCCGCGAUGGAGAACACUACGUUUUCGGUGAUUUUCUCUCAGAGGGAUCUUCGUUUCUUGACGGCUACGCCGACAUCGACCGUGAACAUAUCCGUGACGAAGUUCGCCUCAUUGAGACUCCUCGGUACUUGCUGAGGAGUACCUCCUUGGUAUCGCAAUCCCACUCUCGUACACGGUCUUUGAAUCCUCGCCACCAACGCUCGGCGUCAUCGAAUGGUCACAAUUCUCCACAUGCCGCAGCGCACCUUGAGGUGUUAGAUGGGCCUCCUGCUCAAGCUGGUAAUGGCGGCAAGAACCAGACGCAUGGACAACAGGUGUUGCGGGCAGGCAAUCUGGAUUGGGACGGCAACAGCGGGCAAAAUCCACCGGAAGCCAGAGCCAGAGCCAAACCCCGAUCGGCGGACGUCAAGCGAGAGCCUGCUCCUCCACCGCUUGCCGGAGUGUGCCAUGCGCCUCUACCAACAUGUUCCUCAUCCCGGACAGCCAACGGCGCCGCAAUAAAAGCCCUCGAACAAGAGCUUGCAGCAAAGGACGAGCAAAUGCAAAGAGUAAUGCUACAGAAUACGGAGCAAAAACACCACAUCUUCUCGCUCUCUAACCGGCUGUCUGCAGCCGAGUUCGAAUGUGAAAAGAUUAGGGAGAGUGCCAGCAGGUCGGCUGAGUGCAGUGACGAGAUUAUCGUGCGGCGUGACUUGCUGUACGAGAACUCGGUACUGAGAGGCGCGCUGCAACGGCUCAACAGGCAGCAAAAGCUCAUCCCCAUGGUCGCAGCGGACUCGGUCAGGCCUUCGAACCAGGAGAUCUGGCAGGAGCUCGGGCUGAUCGCUGCGGACAUAAAGGACGCAUGCUCGUCAGCGGAUAUGAGCAUUCCCUCAAAACCAAUUGACGACAUGGAGCCAUCGAGAGCGAAAUUGGAGUCCUGGACACGGAGGGUAGCUCGGUGCGGUCUUGAUCGUUUCCUUGCGUCUCCUGCCGAUUCCGACAUCUCGGAUCUCGACAUUGUCAGAGCCCUGGCCGCCGCUGGGAUCAGCGAACUCGUUUUCCAGACCCAAUUCCCAGACUUUUUGGCCACAGAGUCUCCUCUACUUGACCAAUACCGACGCCAUAUUUUGACCAAAGAUGGACCACAGGCUCUGUACCAGUUGGAUUUGCUAGCAUGCAACUCCAUUAUGUCAGAAGCUUACUAUGCCUCUCGCAUUUUUCAAGAAGCUACCGCUGCCGCCUCCAGCGUAUUUUGCACUACAAUGGCACCUUUCGUACCGGCCCAAGACGCAACAAUGUCCAACACCGCGCCCUCUGCCCAAUUUCCACCACCCACAGACGGGGAAGGUCAGGCAGCAUGCCAGCCCAGAAUGUCCCCCAUGUCGGACUUCUUUUUCGAGACCUUUAUCCGGGCGCUGACACUCAAGCAAAGCUUGGUGCUAUCCCGGACAAAGUACCAGCUCGUGUUCUUCCGCCCGGGGGAUCGGUUCGACCCGGAGACCAUGCUACGAGACGGCGAAGGGUACAGCGCUUUCAACACUGGGUCGCCGAGGCAGAAGAGAGAUGGCUGGCCGAGGCCGAGGCCGGUGGCCGACGGGACGUGCAUCAAGUUGUGCCUCUUUCCCGCGCUGUACGCCAGGGGAGAGAAUGGGUUGGAGACGCAAGACCGGGGGCUUGGAGUCACCGUCAGAGAGUGUCUGGUUGAGUGUGAUAACUUUGUUCGGGACUGUCCGGACAUUCCAGGAGAAGGGUUUGCUUUGGUGUUCAAAGGCAUUGUGCUGGUCUGAUCCAUGUUAUGUACGAAUGACCAGCAAGUCUCCUGAGCGGUCAAAUUUCUAUACUUGUUUGACGGAGACGAAUUAAGGGGUGCGAUGGAUGAAGGAUGAGCCGAUGAAUGUCACCGUCAGACACCCUGCAGCAGUAGAUAGCACCGUCAAGCCGACACCACGGUAUACCUCAACAACCCCAACACCGCCCCAAGCACAAUCGCCACCGGCGUACUCACCCC